CCAUCUUGUGGGAAUUGAGCUAGGUUAUAGUAAUCUAGGUAGCUAGCAAUAUAAUGGCUUCAACUACCUUUCCAACUUCAUGCAUCUUCCCCUCCAAAAACUCAUCUCUUCCCCAUUUAAUACCCAAGCCUAUCAAAACCUCCAAGGUACUCUCAUGCGGAGCCUCCUCCUCCUCCGACGAUCAAAACCCGGCUCCGCCGACCCCGAUGGUCGACCGGAGAAACGUCCUCCUCGGGCUCGGAGGUCUCUACGGCGCAUAUUACACUAAUUAUAACAAUAAUAACGCGGGGGCGAGCCCGGUCCCGCCCCCGGACAUUUCCAAGUGCGGGCCCGCCACCAUCACGUCCACCACCGACAAGGUGCCGUACUCGUGCUGCCCGUCGCUGUUCUCCGGCGACGCCGCCGACUACGAGCUCCCGAGCUUCUCCCGCCUGAACGUCCGCCCGGCGGCGCACGCCGUGCAGGAGGAGCAGUUGGAGAAGUACAAGGCGGCGGUUCGGAGAAUGAGGGACCUCCCCGACGACGAUCCCCGGAGUUUCUACCAGCAGGCUAACGUCCACUGCGCUUACUGUAACGGCGCUUAUAAACUUGCCGGCGGCGGCCAGGACUACCAGAUCCACUUCUCAUGGCUGUUCUUCCCGUUCCACAGAUGGUACUUGUACUUUCACGAGAGGAUAUUGCAAUCGUUGAUCGGAGACCCGACUUUCACGAUCCCUUACUGGAACUGGGACAACCCACAGGGCAUGUUCCUGCCGGAGAUCUUCGACGAGAGGGGGUCCCCGCUGUACGACGAGGUCCGUAACCAGGGGCACCGCAACGACUUCUUGUUGGACCUAGCUUACUCCGCGGGGGAAGUCCUAGAUGCGAGUGAGAGCCAAAUCCUGAGGAACAAUCUCGCCCUGAUGUACCGACAAAUGGUGACCAACGCUCCGUGCCCGUUGCUCUUCUUCGGCAACGCCCUCCGCGGGGAGGGUUACGACACGAGCUCUGGAGGGGGUACCAUUGAGAGCGUCCCGCACAACACGAUCCACCGAUGGGUGGGCGACCCGAGGACGACUCACAACGAGGACAUGGGUAACUUCUACUCUGCAGCGUUGGACCCCAUAUUCUAUUCCCACCACUGGAACGUGGACCGCAUGUGGGCCCUCUGGAAGACUUUAGGCGGGAAGCGUCGAGACAUCACAGACCCAGACUGGCUCCAGUCCGAGUUCGUGUUUUACGAUGAAAACAAAACCCUCGUCAAGGUCAAGGUUCAAGAUUGUCUCGAGCACGAGAAGCUUGGGUACACUUUCGAGACAAUGCCGAUGCCGUGGAGGAACUUCAGGCCAACCUGGAGGAAGAAGGCGAGGGCGAAUCCGAGUAAUAGCAGAGUCCUGAUUCCCCCGGCCUCCAAAGUCCUGCCAGUGGCCCUGGACAGGACUAUCACCUUUAGGGUGAGGAGGCCGAGGGUAAGGAGGUCAACGACGGAGAAAGAGGAACAGGAGGAGCUGCUCGGGUUGGGCUUGACCUAUGACGAGACAAAAUCUAUCCGGUUUGACUUGUUUAUCAACGAGGACAACGACUUGAAGGCGUUCGAGCUUGACCGGGCCGAGUACCUGGGGAGUUUUGCCAACCUGGCCCACAUUCACGAGGGCUCCGGUAGAGACCGCGCCGACAACGACGACAAAAAACCUAAGACAACGACGUUCAACCUGGCGAUCACGGAGGUGCUGGAGGACUUGGAGCUCGAGUUUGACGGGAGCAUCACAGUCACUCUGGUGCCGAAGCUCAACGGCGAGUUCAUCACCGUCACCAGCGCCGUCGUCUCACUCGUGGCUUGUUAAGUUACGUAUUUCCUUCCGUAUAGAAAUUUUCAUUCAAGAAUAUCAUAUUUUUAUAAUAUAAAAAGUAUAUUUUAGUGCUAUUUAGAGAAUAAAACAAUUUAAGUACU